AUGGCCGAAGAAGAAGUCAAGAAGAGGAGAACAUUUAGGAAAUACUUCUAUCGUGGCGUUGACCUCGAAAAGCUUCUUGAUAUGACUCAAGAACAGCUUGGUGAGUUAUUCACUUGCCGCGUACGCCGACGCAUUAAGCGUGGUCUUACUCAACAACACAUAACUCUUCUCCAAAAACUCCGACAGAGCAAGAAAAAUUGCCCUUUGGGUGAGAAGCCUGUCCCAGUCAAGACCCAUUUGCGUAAUAUGAUCGUCUUUCCUGAGAUGGUUGGAUCUAUUGUUGGCAUUUACAAUGGGAAAACAUUUAACCAAGUUGAAAUUCGUCCUGAAAUGAUUGGUCACUAUCUUGGAGAGUUCUCCCUUACAUACAAGCCUGUCAAGCAUGGUCGCCCAGGUAUUGGUGCCACACACAGCUCUAGGUUCAUCCCUCUAAAGUAA